CUGAAGUCGACGGUUGAGUCAGUAGACAGAGUCACUGUGUGAGUCAGUCAGUGAUUGUGUACGUAUGUCAUCUCCUCCCGCGUGUUUGAACGUCUCUAAACUUGUCAUUCAGCAAAGACUCAACAACAUCUCUGUCGCUCAGUUGGGAAGAUAUACCAGUGGUGGACAUGCCAGCAUUUCACGAUGAUAUACAUAACCUAACCUGACGACCCAGGUCAGACAGCAAAAUAGCUCGAGGGCUUUUGAGUUGGGUCCCCAGGUACUCACACACAGUGAAAGUGAAAUGGGGGAAGGAGAUGUAUCCUGAUAUUGAGUUGGAUACAGGUGAGCCCCCCAUGGUGUUCAGGGCUCAGUUAUUUGCCUUAACUGGUGUUCAACCACAGCGCCAAAAAAUUAUGCUCAAGGGCACCACCAUGAAGGAAGAUACUUGGGAUGGACUCAAGAUUAAAAAUGGAGUGACAAUUCUCAUGAUGGGCAGCAAAGAGGAAGAUGUUCCUGUUGAACCCACAGAGAAGACUGCUUUUAUUGAGGAUAUGUCUGAGGCUGAACGAAAUACCAUGUUGGAGUUACCAGUGGGUAUUAAAAAUCUUGGCAACACCUGUUACCUCAAUGCUGUUGUACAGUGCCUCAAAACAGUACCCGAACUUCAUUCUGCGAUUAAAGAAUUUAAACCUAAACGACCUGGUGGAGAAGCAGACUCAUCUGCUGCCUCUUCAUCUCUCUUAACACUAGUAGAGGUGGAGUCUGGGUCUUUACUCACCUUAGCUAUACAAGAUUGUUAUCGCACAAUGGAUAGUGGCAAGACUGCUGUUCCUCUUGUUCUUGUUAAUCUUUUCCGCACUAACUUUCCCAGAUUUGCUGAACAAGGGGAACAGGGUAUGUACAUGCAACAAGAUGCUUCUGAAUGCUGGACAGAGUUGAUGCGUCUUUUGAUGCAGGAAGUGACAGCCAUAGAUGCUUCAAAGACAUCAAAAAAUUUCUCAUCCUCACUUAUCGACCAGUUCUUCAGUGGGGAAUAUUCAUGUGAAUGGAAGUGUGUAGAGAGUGAAGAAGAAGAAGUCACUCAAAGUACAGACAAAUUUCAGCAACUCAUGUGCCAUAUAAACCAAGAUGUUAAGUACUUACAUACAGGACUUGUGGCUAGAAUGCAGGAACAAAUCACCAAGAGGUCAGCAAUUUUAGAUAGAGAUGCAGUAUACACCAAAAAAUCUAAAAUAUCCAGAUUACCAGCCUACUUAGUUGUAGAAAUGGUCAGGUUCUUCUAUAAAGAAAAGGGAGCUGUAAAUGCCAAGAUUCUUAAAGAUGUCAAAUUUCCAAUGAUUUUGGACGUGUUUGACCUGUGUACCCCAGAACUUCAGAAGAAACUAUCACCUAUUAGAGAGAAAUACAAGGAUAUGGAGGAAAGGCAGUUAGAAGAAGAGCGAGCCGUAAAGAGGGGCAAACCACUGGCACCAGAAGACAAGAUACGCACUCGCUCUCUUCCCUUUUCUUUUGAAGACGAUUUUGGAAGUAACAACAGUGGGUUCUACAAGUUACAGGCUGUAUUAACUCAUCAGGGACGUUCAUCAUCAUCUGGCCAUUAUGUAGGUUGGGUGCGGUGGAAGGGUAACGAGUGGCUUAAGUGUGAUGAUGAUGAUGUUACAGCUGUUACAGAAGAGGAUAUCCUCAAGUUAUCUGGAGGAGGGGACUGGCAUUGUGCUUACAUUUUGUUGUAUGGACCACGAAUAUUGGAAAUACCAGAAGAGGACGACAAGAAACCAGCAGAGGAAGUCAAAAUGGAGGCAGAAUGAGGCAGUGAUAGCUAGAGUAGUUUUUGUAUUCAUAUUUAUGUGAUUGUUAAAGUUGAAUACAGUUUCAAAUAAUUGUGUACUGUAUAUGACCAAUGAAAUGUGAUAUGCAGGGUCUUCAUAUGGGUUUCGGUUAAGGAAGUCUUAUAUUAUGCUUCACAACUAGCUGAUGGUGAUGUAAUACCCCUCUGGUUAGAUCUUUGCUGAUAACUGUGUUACUAAUUUAUUUAUUCAAAAGAGCUAACAAAAUUAAAACUUGUGGCUCCUGUAAAAACAUUUUUUUUAUUCCAGAUGCUCAUCUUCAGGGAAGGUUUUGGAGUUAAGAUACUGUAUAUUAUAUCAUUAAUUCAUUGGGUUCAUGGAAACAUGACAUCACAGUGAAAGCAGAGGGUUAUUGCCUUGUUUUGUAAUAAUUGUUUCUAUGUCUCCAAAUACAAGAAAAUUAUUACAAUAAAUUUUAUUAAAGACCAAA